AUGCGGUCUCCGUUCGUUCUUCUUAUAGUCCUAAACUUACUAACCGUUGUAUGUGAUGCUGUUCGCCUCUUCACGGAGAAAGGGUUGCGAGACAACACUUUCUUUUAUCACAAUGGUGAUGGAGGUCAUGCUUAUCAUUUUAACUUGGGCACCCAUACCUCAAUUUAUUUCAAAUGUGUUCAAUACGAAAAACUGAAGUGCCCUGGGAGAGCCAUACUGCGUUUGGAAGGAGGUUUCCGCCAUUCUCAAGCCCACAAUCACCUGCCAGACCCCGACCUGGUCGGAGAACGCCAUUUCAGAGCCAACGUACUCGAUCAAGUUAGGAAUGCUCGUCAUGUGUCUUUCCAAGAUAUUAUUGACCAGGCCCGGCGUGACCGACGGUAUUCAAGAACUGUGAGGCGCAGAAUGAAUUUGCGAAGAUUGCGAACCCCAAUGUACCGAGCUCGCAUGGCCUCCUUUCCACCGGUGCCACUAACACUACGGGAGUUGACUCAAGUUCUUCUGGGGCACCCUAGAGUUUCGCAGACAGUGGACGGAGCUGAAAAUAUGUAUGCAGGCAUCUAUGGUUCUGCUCUCAUUCAGGUCAUUCCAAUAGCUUGGAUUCUGAUGGAAAACAAGACAAGGGAAGGAUACAGGGCAGUCUUUGCACUGUUGAAGCACCUGUGCCCAAAUCUGAACCCACAGAGAAUCAUCACGGACUGGGAGCUGGCACAGCAGCAGGCAUGGCAAGAAGCCUUCCCAAACGCUACACUUCAAGGAUGUUUGUGGCAUCUGUGUCGAGCAUUCAUUAAGAAGGCAAACAAACUUCGAGUCCUGAGGUUUCGCCGACAUUUUCCACAGGUCCUGAAUUUUAUCCGAAUGGCAUGUGUAAUCUGUCUCUUGCCUGAAGAAUUAUUUGAUGAAGCUCUAGAUGUCCUUAGAGCAAGGGCCCGAGGCAUAGAUUUCAUUUCUGCAUUCAUUUUGCGUGGUUUCUUCACUUAUGUUGAGAGGAAGUGGCUGGGGAACCAAUAUCGUAGGACAUGGAUGAACUUUUACAGAUGUAUGAUUCGGACAAAUAACUCAUGUGAGAGCCACAACAGGAUGCUUCGGAAAGCUGUUGGCGCCUAUCGUCCAAAUAUAUAUGCCUUUAUUGAAGCUAUAGCGCGCCUGGAACACAACGCUCACCUUGACUAUGUUCACAUGAGAGAUGGGGGGGAUGCGAGAAGUACUCGUAGGUGGCAGUCAGUUCUUGCUGAUAGAUAUAUCAAUGCUCUCACCAGAGACUUGGAAGACGACCUAUUUUAUGACAGGGAUGAGACCAUCUGGAAUUUCUUGGAUAGAGCGUCGAGCCUUGUUUAAGGUCUGUUCCAUGAAAAUGUCAGAGGAGUUUUGGAGCAGGGCAAUGUGAGGCAGCACUGAGUAAUAUCAU